AUGGCGGGGCUCGUCGACAAGGACAAGGAGAGGGCCCGGCUGGAGAAGCAGGCGGGCAAGCUCACCAAGGAUAUGGAGGUCUUGGAGAAGCGGUUGUCGGGGUCGAACUUCGUAGAAAAGGUGCGUUCUGGCAUGGUGCUGGAUGUUCGGUUUGACCAGGCGCCGGCGAAGGUGGUGGAGGAAGUCAGGGCAAACCUACAGGCCCAGAAGGACCAGCUCAAGACAGUUCAGCAAGCCAUCGUCGAUCUCGACCUCUAA